AUGGCUCCUCAGCCCGCUGAGAACGGCUACUCGGGUUUCGAAGAUUCCGAAACCGGCGACUUCGAUCAGGAGUCAGAAGAUGACCAGCGCAGGUCUUGCUGUGCAUCGCCGGUACCCUUGGCACACAGGGAAACGCCGCGCUUCACCAAUGUAGGCUUGAUCGGGGAGACGUCCCACGACGGGGCCGAGCACGUGACGGAUGAGGUCUUCAAUGCUGCAUCACACCUUAUGGGAGGGAUGCUCUCCGUUCUCGGCUCGGCUGUCCUAAUCACCGGUGCAGCAGCCAACUCGAACCCAUGGGGCGUCAUCUCGUUUUCCUUGUACGGCGCCUCGCUGAUGUUCUUGUUUUUCGCCAGCUUUGCGCACCACGCGAUCAAAGGGCCGAAGCCACUCAUGGACCUCCUGCGCACUCUGGACUAUGUGGCUAUCUAUUUCUUAAUCCCUGGAACGAUGGUCCCGGUUUGCUUCGUGUGCCUCCACGACACCUGGGUCGGCUGGGUGUUCUUCGGAACCACCUGGGGAAUUGCCUUUUUGGGAGUCUGGUUCCAAUCCUUCUGUCCGCUUGAGUUCCCAAUGUGGGCGAGUAUGACCAUGUACGUCACCCUCGGCUGGUUCGGUGCCUUCCUGGCCAUCCCUGCCUACAAGUGCAUAACCUUCGGAGGCGCGCUGCUGCUGCUGCUCGGGGGUCUGUCCUACACCUUCGGAGGUGUCAUCUUCACCAUGCAAUGUCCGAACCCAAUCAAGGGAAAAUUCGGCUUCCACGAGAUCUGGCAUGUUUUCGUUCUUGUCGGAGCCGCAUUUCACUACGCUUGCAUGCUCUUCUACGUGUUCCCCCACGUGAAAUCCGGUUGUGAGACGCCCAUGGGCAGCGUUUGGUCCCAUCUAUGGGAGCCCCAGUGUGGUCAAGGUCACUCUCUGCUCGGUGGAGAUGACGAGUCUUCGCUGAAUGCCAGGUAUGACAUGGACCUCUUUCCUCAGAAAAUCGGCGAGGGGCAGUUUUCGAAGGCGUACGUCUGCUGGAGUAAGGAGGACUCUUCUCAGCGCUACGCCUUGAAGGUCUUCACGCCGGAUGAGGGCGCCGAGCAUGCCACAAACGAGAUCCGGGUGCUCCUCUUGCUGGGCCAGCACCCUCGAAUCAUUCGUCUCGUUGACCUCCACAACGAGGAAUCUCGAAACAUGCGCCUGGUGCUGGAGCUCUGUGCAGGCGGCCAGCUCUUCGAUCGCUUGGUGUCUCGUGGCCGAUACAAGGCAGAGCCCUGCGUCACACUUGAAAGCGCCCGCGUUAAGCCGCCAGCCUCCGCUGGCCUUCGGCUUCAGGCGGCGAAGGCUGCUUGCGUCGUCCAGGAGAUUUUGGAGGCUUAA